AUGUGUUUAGCCGCGGCAGCUGACUUUCUAGGGGCCCAGUCAUAUGUCCAUGCAGUUUUGAAGCGACUCUCCGAAAGUGAAGCGGGAAUGGAGACGGUUGGCGCGCCUCUCGUUUUGGAGUCCUUCACGGAUGUCGUCCGUUCGUCUGCGGUGGAUGUGGUCUACAUCACCCUGCCAGUGGCGCAGCGGGAUCACUGGGUGCGGGUGUGCAUUGAGGCUCGUAAGCACGUGGUUGGGGGUGCCCCAUCCGCCGCGGCGCCGGAUGCGGAGCGGCUCCUUUGCUGGCUCGGCGGGAUGUCGGCCGCCCGGCUGCUUUACCUGGACGGCACCCCCACCGCGCACGGCGGGCCGAUGAUGACUCGGGUUGCCCAGCUGGUGGGCGACCUGGGCCGCGUGCGGCACAUGGAGCUGUGCCUCGUCGGUGCGCCCGGCCAUGCAGGGGGGGGAGUGCUGGGGGACCUCGGCUGGGAGGCCAUCGGCAAGAUCCUGCACCUCGUCGACUUUACUGUCCCCGUGGGCGUGUCGGGGCGCAUCGUGUCAUGCGCGCAGGAUGGAUCUAUAGCGGAUUUUGAAGCGCACAUGCACUUCCUUGUUGAGGGUGUCCAUGUGACAGCCACUUUCGACUGCCGCUACGUGGAGGCGCAAGUGAUGGCGCCGAAGAGUCACAUGUUAAUUAUCACCACUGGGGGGACGUUGGAAGCUAUCGAGGCGGAGGAAGGGGGAGGUGCUGUGCAGAACACAGUGGGAGACAAGGGACUUUGUCUUCGUGUGGUGCGCUCUGCUCUGAAGCCGCUGGAGAUGAUUCAAGGAGCAUUUCAAGCUUUGGAUUCGGCCACUGCUCCCUCGAGUUCUUUCGUGUUGGCAUCACCAACAAUCGCGAUGGAAGCAAUAACAACAGAAGAGUAUCUCAGUCCCCCCUCGGAGGCCAGCGGUCACGCCUUAUGGUUGCACCUGCGCGAGUCCCUAACUCAGCUAGGCACCGAAGGGCGACUUCUGAUCGACUCAGAAAAAGGCAAAGAUUGGGGACGUAAGAUUUAUCUAACACAAUUGAUUUUAGACACACUUUUGAAGUCCGCAAUGACAGGUCAAGGGGAAAGUAAGGAUAAUCUUGUGCCCCCCCUCCCCUCUUCUCUUCAUUGUGAGCAAUUAGCCUCUACAGUUGGAUGA